GAGACAGAGGUCAAGGUGCGGCCACGUCUUUUGGGUGGCAGGCAGCUCAAGGCCCGUUGGCCGCUGGCUUCUUCCAGUCGGCGAUGGAACGGCUACCGUUGCUGCUGCUGCUGUGCUCGCUGCUCCUCACGGCGGAGGCAGCCGUGCGUGAGAGGGAGGACCCACCGUCGGCCGGUUGCCAACUGGGCGCCAAGCUGUUCGGACACGGGGCCCGAGUGCCCCGGUCGGACCCCUGCGAGCGAUGCCUCUGCUUCGCGGCACAAGUGAUCUGCUGGCAGGAGCGAUGCCCCAAUCAGACGAAGCCCGGGUGCACCGAGCGCAGGAUGCCCGGCGUCUGCUGCCCGGCCCUCGAGUGCAGUGACACCACCACACCCGUGAAAGCAGUGCCGGCUGCGGCGGCAGAGCCCGAUCCAACACGAUCCGAGCCAGUUGUGGUGGAAGCCUCUCUUCACGGAGAAAGCCACCACCAACAGGGCUGCGUCCUGGGCGGACAGCGGUUCGCGCUGGGAGACUUGGUUCCCAGGGCCUCGGGCCCGUGCAUGCAGUGCCGCUGCGCCGAUGGUCCCCGGCUUCUGUGCCGAGCCACGCCCUGCGCGGGGCCCGUCAUGCUGGGCUCUUCAUCGCCUCGGCGCCCACCGCCGCCCACGCACACGGUGCGCCGGAUAGCGCCCACUCUGGUGCUGCCCUGAGCAACAUCGGCCGGCGUCCAGGGGGUCACCCCGAGGUGUCCGGACACGCCGCCAGUCAACUCCCCAGUCAUAACCCGCAAGACGUCUUCCAAAAUCCGGCGCUUUAUUCCAGAAACUAAGGCGAACAACCGACGGCCCUCAAUGGCAUAGGCCGGCAAAAUUGUUUCAGCCUCACUCAGAAUCACUCAAGAUAAGCAUUUUUCGCUUAGGAUUCACUCGAAAUCAGAAAUUGCUGAAGCGGGCUAACUCAAACUCGCGAAGCUUCUUCAUCCGAAUUCUUUCGGACUCAUACUCACCAAGACAUUCCACGAAAGGGGUGACUCAGACUCAGACUCACGAACGUUUUCUUCAAGCAGACUCACUCGGACUCAGAUAAACCAAAAUUUUCCGCAAGUGGGCUCACUCAGCCUCACCGCCCAAUCUGAGUCUAAGUGAGAAUCAACUCAAGAGCGAGUUUGCCACCCUAUACGGUCAAUUUAGGGCACACAUAAGUCGGCGGCUGUAUGUCUUUAGCGGGCGACGCGGCAAUGCGCAGAUAUCGAACUCGGGACUAGAGUAGUAUAAUGCUUCUUACUUAGCGAGGCUAAAUCUUUGACCUUGUUGGUGUGACAUAUUCAUUAAGAGCUCAACUGGAACGACGUGGAUUGAACAGGGAGUAACACACACGCGGUAACUUGCAGGAAUGCGUGUCUUCUUGGAAGCUCGUCCCGUUUUACUUCGCCCUGUUUUCAUGCAUAAUAGCAGGUACCAAACUCCAGAGGCGUGCGCAGUUUCUCUGAUAGAGGGGAGGGAAGCACCCCUCCUCCGUUAUUCCACUGGCCGAGCCUGAAGAAGACAUGCUUCGCGGUGGAUGGAAAAGUGGGAAGGGAAGUGUUAACGCACUUUUCACGAUGGCCCGCCUCUGGUUCUCAAAUUUGCGAGGAUAAAGGCAGGAGGUACACAGUUCUUGCAAUGCAACAUCAGGGGAAAUCGGUCGCCAUUAUCGUAAAAUCCGUUGAUGACCAUCACUUGUACAUGACGGCCAGUGGCGGAUCCAGAGGGCGGGCAGUAGGGGUGAUACACCACCCUCCCCCUCUUCGGCUUGUGUCAGCCCCCCAUCCCUCUUCUCAGCGCUUGUCGUCCAUCUUCUAUCACCAAUGUGAACGAAUGGGUGGGACCACAGUGAGCACACAUUAGCAGUAUUUACGCUAUGAGAGGGUUUUCAUGCUAGUAAACACAAAAAAGUCCAGACCCCCCACCCUCUGGUGUUACUUCAAGCGACCCAUCCCUAAAUUGAGUCCCUGGAUCCGCACCUGAUGCCUGACUGAGCAAC